AUGACUCACUACGUACCUCGCUUGCUACGCUCGACGACUCUCGCGGCACGCCCGGCGCUCGCCGCCUCUGCUCGUACCCUCCCCACACGCCCGGCUUUCGCCUCGUUGCGACCAGUCUCGACGACAGCUUCGAGCGCAGGGCUGGGCUUGACGGAGGACCAGCUCGAGCUGCGAGAGACGGUCGCCUCGUUCGCACAGCGCGAGAUCGCACCCAUCGCGGCGGAAGUUGACAGGAAGAACGAGUUUCCGAUGGAGAUGUGGGAGAAGCUCGGCGAGAUGGGUCUGCUCGGCGUCACGGUCAAGGAGGACGACGGAGGAUUGGGCAAGGGCUAUCUUGACCACUUGAUCGUCAUGGAGGAGAUCUCGCGGGCGUCCGGCUCGAUCGCGCUCUCCUACGGCGCCCACUCCAACCUCUGCGUCAACCAGCUCAACCGGCACGGCACGCCCGAGCAGAAAGCCAAGUUUCUCCCGAACCUGCUGAGCGGCAAAUUCGUCGGCUCGCUCGCCAUGUCCGAGACUGGGUCUGGCAGCGACGUCGUCUCCAUGAAGCUCAAAGCGACGAAGACGACGCGGGAGGGAGAGGAGGGGUGGGUGCUGAACGGCGGGAAGAUGUGGAUCACGAACGGACCGGACGCAGAUGUCCUGAUCGUGUACGCCAAGACGGAGCCUGAUGCCGGCUCCAAGGGCAUCACCGCGUUCAUCGUCGAGAAGGGCUUCAACGGCUUCUCGACCGCGCAGAAGCUCGACAAGCUCGGCAUGCGCGGGUCCAACACUGGCGAGCUCGUCUUUGAAGACUGCUUCGUCCCCGCCUCGAACGUUCUCGGCAAGCUCAACAAGGGCGUCGGCGUUCUCAUGUCCGGCCUCAACCUCGAGCGCAUCGUCCUGUCCGGCGGUCCGCUCGGCUUGAUGCAGGCUGCUUUUGAUUACGCCCUCCCCUACGUCCACGAGCGCAAGCAGUUCGGCGUCCCAAUCGGCACCUUCCAGCUCAUGCAGGGCAAGAUCGCCGAAAUGUACACGAAGGUCAGCGCGUCGAGGGCGUACUUGUACAGCGUGGCGAGGGCUUGCGAUGCGGGACAGGUGACGAACAGGGAUUGCGCCGGCGCAAUCCUCUACUCCUCGGACCGCGCGACCGAAGUCUGCCUUGAAGCGCUGCAGAUGCUCGGCGGAAACGGCUACACAAACGACUACGAGGUUAACCGUUUCUUGCGCGACGCGUUGCUGUACAAGGUUGGAGCUGGCACCCAGGAGAUUCGGCGGAUGCUGAUCGGACGGGAGUUUAACAACGACUACGCUGAUGCUGGCGCGUUUUAA